AUGACGAACAUACACAAACUGUGGGAGUACAAAGAGUACAUCAACGUGAACGGUAUGAUGCUGGGGAAUGAGCUGAUAUCACGACUGCAGAACUCUCUUACAUUGCUGCAGGUAGAGAACCACUUCAGCCAAAUGCAAUACUGGGGGCAGAUCUACGCGAUCGACGCAGACUACCACAUUGCGGUCGGCAUCACACACGACGCGAUCAACGAACGCAAGUACUUCUAUACACAUGACUUUCUCUUCUGGAGUUUACUUCCUAAAGCAAAGAGGAAGUACAAACACCUCUCCCUAUUGACAACGUUCCCCUUCCGCGGCGAUCCAGCCCUCAAAAUCAAAGUUCUAGAUGAAUCCUUAGAUCCAAAAGACCCGGACAGGUGCAAAGAAAUGAAAGAAGAAAGUCGCCUAGCCGCCACCAUCAGCAACAUUUGCGAGGAGGCCGAGGUGUGCGCCCGCGGACAGCUCAUCAAGCAACCGGACGGCACUAUCGUUAUCAACUCUAAUUACUACGGGCUGACAGCUGCGGAGGCCAAACUUCAGAAGUCGUACUACCACAUCCGCCCAGCACAACAUCGCUGGAACACCAAUCUCCUCACUCGCCCAGAUUACAACUACAGUAUGGAUUUCCUCGAUUCCAUCGACCAGGAUAUUCCGACUGGAAGCUGGGACCUCAGCGUGGAGCAAGGCGGCACUGUAAUUUAUUUAAAAUGCCUCUACUGGCCCGGAAUGUCCUACUUCCAUAAAGUUCGCACCCCGGAAUCAGGUUUUCUAUAUGUCGGCAAUGGCCACAAGAAUUUAGAUGUACCUUUUGACCUCUCCUUUUAA